AGGUCGUUUGUGUUUUGGUUUUUAUUCGUCUGCUAGCUUGUGCUGCGAGUUUAAAGUAAACGCUUGUGAGUUUUAGACGUCCUUCUAGUGACAUUAACCCAAAUUAUACUGCACUUAAAAUUAAAAAAAUAAUUUAUUUAUUUUGAACUCCAAAACGAUCAGUAACGGUUAUUUAAAUACAAUAAUUAAAAUUUCAAAUAGUGCCAAGUGCGAAAAAGAAACACAAUAAUUUACUGAUGCAACUGAAACUACAUGGUGUGCAUUCAAAGAAUAAAAGUUAUUGAAAAAUAUGAAAUUUUGUAAAUUUGGAACAAAUUUCUAAUACCUGUUGAAUUUUACAAAUUAUUUAAGCAUUGUGCUUGAAAUAAUUGCACUAGAAAAUAUUGAAACAAUUGUGAAAAACAGUAACAAAAACAGCAAACGUGCCAUUUUGAUUGGAUUAACCGAACACACAUAAACUCCGAUAGAAAAGGAUUAAGCUAAAAACGGUGUUUAAAUAAAAAAUACUAAACACUGUGAGAGGAUUACAACAACUGCUUAAGCAGAUAACUCUCUGAACGGUGCGGUGGUUCCUUCCGCCUUGCAGUCGGGUAUAUGUGCAUGCCGGAGAAGUACAGCUAAAAUUUAAGUGACGACUGACAGUAACAAAAAAAAUCUCAGCAAAACCAAAACACAAUAAAACAAAUAAAAUGGGGCGACAAUUGCGGCCUUAUGCGCUCGCAACUUUGUUCUACUUAGUGUUCAUAGCGAAGGACGCUGUCUGCGAGGGACCCCAUGUAGACUCUGCUGCGUUGCCACUCGAACACAGAUCUGUUUACGGCCCACCUGCACCUUCGCCCGUAUAUGGUGCCCAACAGGGUCCGUUACCCGCAGGCGUGAGCAAUGAAAUUUCCGAAGAUGCUUGGCCACUUUCCACCACUAACGAUAGCCCACAGAUUAAACAUUUGCAAGUGCAGUGCGAAAAGACGCACAUGCGCGUCAACAUCGAAUUCGAUCGCCCCUUCUACGGUAUGAUAUUUUCAAAGGGCUUCUACAGUGAUCCGCACUGUGUACAUUUAAAACCGGGUACUGGGCACCUUAGCGCCACAUUUGAGAUAUUUCUCAAUAGCUGCGGCAUGACGAGCUCGGCAAAUCAUAAUGCGGCAGGUUAUGGCGCGCCAACACCCUCCGGCAGUUACGUUGAGAACACCAUCAUCAUACAAUAUGAUCCGUAUGUGCAAGAGGUGUGGGACCAGGCUAGAAAGUUGCGUUGCACAUGGUAUGAUUUUUAUGAAAAGGCUGUCACAUUCCGCCCAUUCCAAGUCGAUAUGUUGCAUGCGGUCACUGCUAAUUUCCUUGGCGAUAAUCUGCAAUGUUGGAUGCAAAUUCAAGUAGGCAAAGGACCGUGGGCUUCCGAAGUGUCGGGCAUUGUCAAAAUAGGCCAGACAAUGACCAUGGUGUUGGCUAUUAAAGAUGAUGAAAACAAAUUUGAUAUGUUGGUACGCAAUUGUGUAGCUCAUGAUGGCAAGCGUGCGCCCAUACAAUUGGUCGAUCAGAAUGGUUGCGUUGUUCGUCCUAAAAUUAUGAGCAAAUUCCAGAAAAUAAAGAACUUUGGUCCAUCGGCAUCGGUAGUCAGUUUUGCAUACUUCCAAGCGUUUAAAUUCCCCGACUCCAUGAAUGUGCACUUCCAGUGCGUGAUACAAGUGUGUCGCUAUAAUUGCCCUGAGCCAAAGUGUGGUCUAGGACUACCGGGUGGUGAAUAUGGUGUACCACAAAUCAGCAACAAUGCGCUUUCAGCAGAAUACGGCGCACCAGAACCUUACGAACGCAACGAUUACGCGUUGGGCGGUCUACCACCAGCAGCCUACCCAGAUCCACGCCACCAAGCUGCUGAUGCUACUGGCGCUUACUCUGAAAAUCAACCAGAUGUGGUGCCCUCACCACAAGCGCAAACGGCCGGUGUCACAACCCCCGAAUCUGGAUUGCAAAGUUCCCAAGCGACACCACAAAAUGCAAACGAUUUACAUAUGCCACCACCACCACUACCUGGGCAACCUGGCCAGUAUAGCACAGUGAAGCGCAAGGAUGAAAUCGAGGGUGGCAAUCUGGUAUCGCUCGGUGGGCGUCCACGUUCAGUUGAAGGACUCGAUGAUUUACGCGGCGUACGUAGACGACGCGAUACCUUUGAUAUCGUGGUAAAGCCACGUAUUUACAAACGAGACACGCAAGAAAUGACCGAUGUCAAUACAAGUCGAACUAUUCAGGUGGUAGCGCCAGGCGAUGUGAACUUUGCGCUCAACAAUAACUCUAAUAAUGAGACCGUAGUUAUACAAUCGGCACGAUCUGCUGAUCCUGAAACGAUUUGUAUGUCUGUGCCGAGCUUUGUCGGUGGUCUGGUAAUGUUGUUGUUGGUGCUAGCUGUAGCAUCUCUAGUCGCCGCAUUCCUCUUCGUGCGAGUACGGCAUUUUGAUCGGAAGGGAGCCUCCAUGGCGUAUGUUAAUUAAACAAACAAAACAGAAGCAAUGCACUAAGCGGAUAUUUCAUCCACAACCACAGCCUGCUACCACCUCCUAUGCAGUUAACAAAGGUGUGCUUGCCAGUCGGAGGUGGGUGAACGAACGAACUGACGCUUAUACAUAUAACACAUACAACAUCGAUUUGUCAUUACAUUAAACUCUCCAAAUCACACAAAAAUAUGCAUGCGUACAUCCGAAUAGGCUCGUGCGUCUAUAUAGAUAUAGACAUAGAAAUAUAUGCACGUUUAUGAUUUCGUGUGUGCGCCUGUGUGUUGGUGUGUGUACGUGGACCCGAUCAUGAUUUCACCACCUGUCUUUAUUUGCUAUACUGCCAGUGGAGGCGGAAACCCAAAAUCGAAUAUGCAAAUGGUUGAAGGUGAACAUUGUAGAACCAUGUUGAAUUGCAGCCCAUUCUUCAUCCCAUCAUAAACAAGAGGAACCUUAUUUAUAAACAUGUAUUUCACUGCUUCUAAUUUAUUUAAUUUAUUUAUUUAUUCUAUCUAUUGUACGAAAUGUGAGAAAUAAACAUUUUUAAAGAUACAGCUUCUUUAAUGUUAUGUUGUUAGGCUUCCCUAAUAAAUGCGUGAAUAUUUUCGACUCAUCGCCUGGAUUGUGACGUACGUGGGUACGAUGCUCCAGUUCGUUUCAGACGAAAUAACCUAAGGUUCACUUUAAAAUUAAUAUAUGUAUGUAUAUGUACUUAAAUACCAAUAAAAAUUUAUGAAGUAUGCGAUACGAAAUAAUAAAAGCAAAAGAAAACAUAUCUUACAAAUAAGUUAAUGUAGCAACGUGUGUAUAUAUUAAA